GGUCGAUUCGUUUCCUUAUCUCGCUGGUUGUCCUUCAGACUCCAUCUUCCUCACUGAACAGUGUCCCAUCUCACUCUUUAACACCAUGGCAAUCGCGAGCCUCCGACGCUCGCCUCAGUAUCUGCUCAGACCACUUGCCAAACGCGCUUAUUCUCUGCCAGCUCGCAGGACACCGUCGCCUGAACAUGCAAAAGUCACAGUGGGCAUCCGACGAGAGGAUCCAUCAAGGAUAUGGGAGCGUCGCUGCCCCGUUACGCCUGAUGAAGUCGCCCAACUCGUUCAGCACCUCGAUGUAAACGUUCUCAUUCAAGAUUGCGACCGUCGAGUGUUCCCCGUUGAUCAAUUUAUCAAGGCUGGUGCUAAAUUACACCCGACACUGGAACCUGCGCAUAUUGUGGUAGGAAUCAAGGAGACACCACUCAAUGAGCUGGUUACAUCUCCUGUUUCUGCGCCGGGUUUGCCCCCAGGUCCUUCUGUACCCCGCACCCACCUAAUGUUUUCUCACACCACGAAGGGUCAACCCUACAACAUGGAGUUACUGUCCCGUUUCCUUGGUUCACAUGAGAACCCGUCGUUGCCACGGUUGAUUGAUUAUGAACUCCUCGUAGGUGAGGACGGCAAACGAACGGUUGGCUUUGGGUGGUUCGCAGGAGUUGCUGGCGUCCUUGAGUCUUUGUCUGCACUUGCUCAUGCGCAUCUCGAACUUGGAGUUGCUUCUCCUUUCCUUUACACGCCUCGUCCACACACGCAUCCAUCGAUUCCAUCGCUCCGCUCUGCACUCCGAAGCAUUGGCCAGAACAUUGUAGACAAUGGGACGCCAAAGGCAUUAGGACCGUUCGUCAUAGGGCUCACAGGGAGCGGGAACGUGACACAAGGAUGUCUAUCCAUUCUAGAAGAGCUCCCGAUCGUGAAUGUGGCCGUGAAGGACUUGGCUGGACUCGUCAGCAAUCCAGAUACUGACCUUCAUAAGAUAUACCUCGUACACGCACUCCCUAAAGACUACCUCACUCGUUCCGAUGGUGGUCAAUAUUCCCGUGAUGAUUACUACAAGAAUCCGGCCAUGUACCACUCGGACUUCGAUACCAAGGUUGCACCAUACCUCACGCUGUUCCUGAAUGGUGUUGGUUGGCUCCCGUCUUUCCCGCGACUUAUGACGAAUGAACAACUAGCCACUGCUCUCACCCGUGCAGCCGAAGUAGGGCGAGCACGUUUUGGAACAAUUGGCGAUAUCAGUUGUGAUGUUGAGGGAGGUCUCGAGUUCCUACCUCGUGCAUCGACUCUCUCGGAUCCCUUCUUUAAGCACCGACCAUCCUCUCUACCUUCUCAUCUUCCGAGCGUGACUAUCAUGUCUGUCGAUAUCCUUCCCUCAAGUCUUCCUCUCGAUGCUUCUCAGCAUUUUUGUGGGGUUUUAAUGCCAUAUUUACGCGCUCUGAUUGACGAAUACCGUGGCCGACCUGGCUCUGGCGAGCAUCUCGAGGCCCUGAACGUUGCUACAGUUGCUCGGAAUGGCGAGCUGCAAGGCAAGCAUCGUGGGCUGGCGGCGCCUGUUGAGAGGUGGCAAGCGAACCAAACCGCAGAGAUAGCGAGCAAAGCAGGAGUGGCUGGGACAUCGCUGAGGAAGAAGCGCGUGCUCAUGCUUGGCUCUGGAAUGGUUGCAGGCCCUACUGUGCAAGAGAUCUGCAAGAGGUCGGACGUGGAGAUUAUUGUUGCCGGCAACGUGCGCUCAGAAACAGAGGAUUUGACACGCAAAUACUCAAACGCGAAAGCGGCAUAUUUGGACGUGCAGGAUGUUGCAGAGAUGGCAAGGUUGAUUCAAGAUGCUGAUGUUGUUAUUAGCUUGCUUCCAGUGCCUUUUCAUCCUGCCGUCGCAGAGCUGUGCAUCCAACACCGGAAGCACCUUGUGACAGCGUCAUACAUCUCGCCUGCCAUGCGUGCCUUGCAUGAACGAGCCCAAUCAGCAGAUGUGCUUUUGUUAAAUGAGAUUGGUCUCGACCCAGGGAUCGAUCACUGCUCUGCAUUAUCACUGCUUGCGCAACUUCAAAAAGAUAAGAAGCGCGUGAUUUCGUUCACGUCAUUCUGUGGUGGCUUGCCCGCCCCUGAUUGUGCGGAUGUGCCCCUUGGGUACAAGUUCAGCUGGAGUCCAAGAGGUGUACUCAAUGCUGCGCUCAAUGGGGCAAGAUUCAAGCUCGAUGGGAAGAAUAUGGAGAUAUCUGGAGAAAAUCUUCUCCAGGAAUAUUUCCCUGAUAUCCCAAUUUCGCAUGUCCUGAAGCUUGAAGGCCUGGCGAAUCGAGAUAGCCUCCCGUACGCGGAGACGUACGGGCUUGGUAAGCUUGAGAAUUUACAGACUGUUCUUCGUGGAACUCUCAGAUACCCUGGGUUUGCUGAUUUGAUGCACGCCUUCAAAGUCAUAGGAUUACUUAACCCAGAAACCUCCAUUCAGCUACGUGAUUGGCGUGACCUCGCACGAAUGUCCCUGGAGAAAAUGAUUGGAGAGCAGAUCGGAAAUGAUCGCCGCUCGUUCUUGUCGGCCCUUUCCACCGUCACGACCGUCGAACGUGCGGAAAGUGCACUCAAUGCUCUGGACUGGUUGGGCCUUACGCCUGAGAAUGUCACAUCCAAUAUUCCCUUAGCAACACCACUCAAACCGCAAGCACCGAUCGAACUUUUCACCUCUGUCCUUGCCCAUAAGCUCAGAUACAACCCCGGGGAACGCGACAUGGUCGUGCUGUCGCACGAAAUUGUCGCUCAGCCGUCGCUCCCAUCUUUAGAUUCGGUCACGGAAGUCCACACGUCGCGUUUGGUGGCGUAUGGCAACUCUGAGGCAUCUGCGAUGGCGCGGUGUGUUGGGCUGCCUGUCGCUUUCGCUGCGCUUGAGGUUCUGUUUGGUGGCGUUCAGAUGCGCGGUGUGCAUGGCCCUACGGAUAAGGAUCUGUAUGGGGCUGUACUUGAUGGAUUGCAGGAAGCUGGGCUUGAGAUGAAGGAGUCUGUCAGCAAAGGCCCAGGAAUGGAGAAGGUGUUGGCAGAAGGAUUGAGGGCGCGCAGGGUAGCUGCUUGAACACUCCAAGACUCUCGAAGGAUACUAAUACCACUAUACCAAUUCGUAUAAUUGAUACAUAGUACCACCAUCAACUUGAAUGUAAGACUUACCCACUGUCGACAACGCCUCAUAACAGCGCGAAGAAACUUAAC